AUUGGAGAACCAGUUCGUCGUUGGUUCAACUAUUUCUGCUUUGGUUUGGUGUAUGUGUUUUGUGGCCAUUGGAUUCCACCCCUACGAACAUGGUUGGGUGCAUGGCUACGACGAUUCAAGGACUUUGCGGUGGUCCAGUUGCGCCGACUUGGCGGUUUUCUCCAUCGAACGGUUGUCGUGCCGACCAAAAAUUUCCUCUGGAAAAAAUUCGAUGAGUUCCGUGGUUGGUUGCGUCGAUGUUUACAUCGCCUUGCUGUUGCUAUACGGGACUCUGUGCUGUGGCCAAUUUGUGUGCUGGUUGUGGAUGUAGGCCGUGAAUUAACCCAGCUCAUGUAUCGUGUUAUGCUCAAGCCGAUACUGGACUAUGUCUACCAGCGAUACAAAAUCAUCGAAACGGCGAUUCUCAUCUAUUUUCUUGGUCCUGUAUGCGAUACGAUUGUGAAAAACAUACCGGAGAAGAGUCCAUUCUGCGAUGACAGCGACGUGGAAUUGGAGGGAAUGCUACCGGACGAGAUCACCGACGAGAUCGAGGAGAUGGCUGUGGCAGGCGAAACGGAAGGAGAGGAUUCGCUGGGCGAAAUUGAACCACCAUCUCCUAUCACUCCUCUCGAUGAAGAAGAACGCGAUUUCACCACCGGUCUCGCUUUCCCAACCAUUCACGCUUCCGAGUCCAGUGAUGACGAAUUUGAUUUGAAAUUGAAGAAAAAGCCUGCGGCUACAAAAAGGAAGCGUCAAAAAGGAGAACGAGGAGCAGAUGUCGGCGCGGCGCCCGAAGUGCCCAUCACUGAAGCAGAUCUGGCGCCGGUACCACACAGACGUCGUCGCAGUGGUCGUGAUUCGUUCGAUGAUGAGUUCGAGUUAUUACAGUGA